CGCAAAGGUCUGACGUCUUCUCAGUUGGCUUUCCCCCGUAAUUCUGCGAGAAGAGGCUGACUCGUGAGGCUAUUAGGACGCUCUUUGGAACUUCAUCAAGAUGGCUGAGCUCGACAUCGAUGUCAUCCUCGAAAAUAUCAGAAGUGGUAUGAAUCAGGCGGUCGACGCGCAUCGCAGGGCUACCAUGCUAAGCACUCCUGAGCUUUCCCUCACUCGCGAUCGUCUCCCUCCGAUUCAAAAUCUGGAUGCUCAUCUUUCCGCCGAAAUCAAAAGGCUCCAAGCGAUCCAUUCGGAAGUCAAGCAGCGGAUCGCAGUUGAUUCAGCCCUGCUAGCGCCGUGGCGCCUUAUACCAUCGGAGCUCUGGAGCGAAAUAUUCCUUCUUGCCGUUCCGGAGGACUGGACGAAACGGAACGGAUGGCGCGCGGGGCACAGGUUCCUCAGCUUUGCGCAGGUCUGUGCUGCAUGGCGCAUAAUCGCCUUCAGUACCCCGCUUCUCUGGAACUAUAUCGAUAUUUCCAUCUGCGAUGCCCACGAAUGUCCAUCCGCGGAGGAGCGCGCUUCCCUCGAAGCAGAGAUAUCUCGAACGGGGCAAGCGCCGCUUGAUCUUGUCAUAACCAUGUCUGAGAAGGCGGGACAGGUCGAAGAGCAGUACCUGACUCCACAGGAGUGCCAGCAGCGCACCGAUUACUGGGCUGUACUCCGGGCACAGACACAUCGAUGGAGGGAUGUGACGAUCUAUGGGUUACCGCGCCGCCUAUACGCUUCUUUGGCUGGCUGCUCGUUCCCUAUUCUGCGGAGGCUGGGCUUUGGCCUAGAAAUGGAGCGUAUCGAUCUCCCGCCAGUGUCACCCUUGGAGAUUUUCCGAACUGCACCGAUGUUGCGCGCAAUCGGUGUCUACUUCAUGGACGUCCCGAUCCCGCCUCCAGGCUAUCUCAUCCUUCCCUCAUCAUGGUCCAAUAUCGAGGAGAUGGACUUGCGACGUCAGAACUCUCGUGGACCCAUUCCCGAGUUCUGGGUCUACCUGGACGCUUUUUUCUCUUGCAGCCGCACGUUGCGUGUAUGCAGGUUGAACGCCCAGCGACUCGGAGAUAUCCCUCGCCGCCUAGCCGUCACAACAUUUCCGCGGCUAGAGGUGCUAGAAUUGCUGCAUGCGGCCAAUCACCUCCUGCCGUACAUGAUCACUCUUAGUCUGAAGACGGUCACGCUGCGAACGGACAGCGACGGAGCCUGCGAUGUCGUGACCCUGCAUUCCGACCUACUCGACAGGUCAACCGCCUGGAAUUCCCUUCAAUCCCUCGGCCUGCUAUAUGUGGUGGUCGAUUCGGCACAGCUGGUUGGCUGUCUCAGACGGCUGGACAAUCUUACGACGCUCACACUCAGAGAGCGGGACUGGCGCAAUGCGCCGGAGACGCGACUCAUCAGCCAAGCUUUCGUCGCGGCUCUGGCACGCGCCGCGCCCGCAGAUGCCGACGAAGAUCAAAUUUUUUUACCGCGUCUCGAGCGAUUGACGCUGUCGUUCCAGUAUGCCAGGGACUACGCUAAGGAGCAUAUGAUAUUCAACGUCUCGUUCGCACGAGCUUUGCUCGCCGCACUUGAAUCGAGGAGGCGACCUUUGGUUUGGAGAGGCGAGAAACUUCCGGGCCUGCAAUAUUUGACGAUGCCCGUGUUGUACGGUCCGCACAGGUUUACACCGCCGUCUCCCGUCCUGCAGUCGCCUGGAUCAUCGCUAUCGCCUCCUCGCUCCUAGGAACAUACUGGCACU